GUGUGCGUGCGUGUGCGUGUGAGUGUGUGUGUUAAGGGACGAGCAAUUAGCACGGCUGUGAACUAGUGUUGCAUGUUUGUCGUGGGUUUAAAGUAUGAACAGAGGCGAUACAGCAGCAGCAGCUCGGGGGAGGAGACCAGUGGUUCCCGACAGAGUGGACAUGUCAUUAGAUGACAUCAUUCGGUUGAACAAAAAAGAGCAACAGUUCAAAAGGAGGCAGGCCCCUGUGAACCGACGACCGGUCAGGAAGACAGGUCGGGUCCCCCAAGGAAAGGGACCAGCCCAGAGAGGAGGAGGAGCACCUAAAUUAAGAAACAGAAGAGUCCCCCCCCCACCUGGGCGACGACGGGGUCAAGGGGUCAUCACAGGACUGGCAGCCAGGCGGCCAGCUGCCCUGCUGAAACGACUGGGCACAAUUAACAGAGCAGCAGUCAACCAGAAAACAAGACAGAAAACAAAGCCUUUCAUUCAACGCACUGAAGCCCCGUACAGGAAGCCAGAGGUACAGAGGCGGCCGUACAGGCAGCCAGAUCCUCCGAGAGGUCAGAAUGCAACAUCGGUCAGGAGGCCAUUUCAGCUGCGACGACGACCACUGCCGCCUGUCCAGCAGACCCAGAGGGAAGCACGCCAGGCCACAUUUCUAUUUCACAGGGGACUCAAGGUACAGGCCCAGGUUCAAAAGACAAAUCCUCACAGUCCUCCGGUCAGAACUCGGCAGUGGCGCACAUCGACAACCAGCAAUGGAAUCUUGACCGUUUCAAUUGACAACCCGACAGCCAGGACUCAGCCCGAGCCCCCCUCUGCUUGGACCCUGCAUCCCCCUGCUGCCAUCUCUGCUCCGGUGAAGAUGGAAACGGUGGAGAAGAAAAUACCAAAAGGAGUGCCUCUGCAAUUUGACAUCAACAGUGUUGGGAAACCGCAAACAUCACUCACCUUGAAUGAGAGGUUCCGCAUCCUAAAAGAUCAGCGCACCACCACAGCACAAAGUAGCAAAGGCAGCCGGUUUGUUACCGUCGGUUAGCCGGCGAGACAACCGCUGCCUGAGUGUUACUCAGAAGCCUGUUUGAUCCUGCUCAGACACACACACACACACACACACACACACACACACACUCACACAGUGAACCCCACCUCUCUGAUGGAUGGGAUGUGCUGACCCACUGACUGACUUUACUAAUGGGAGGGAGGAGAACAGUGGGACACGAGUACAACAUGCACAACUGUGAGAAGUGUGUAAAUGGAAGACUUUGUUAUGAAUGAGUCCCUGUUCAUUUUACCAUGUUAUCGUACUCCACUGUUUGUAUUGUGGAUGUCCUAUACUGGGAAGGAGGGAGAGCUCCCCCCCCACCACCACCUUUGAACUUGGAACUGUUGGCGCAUCAUGAAGACUGCUUGGAAGUAUUUCUUUUCAGAGAGGACCGCUAUGCAUUUGUUAGGUUGGCACGUAUGUUCUGAAAUCUCUUUAGAAUUGUUUUGUAAUGUUUCUUCAAUAAAUGAGUUUCUCUUAAAAGAUUUGUAGAACUUUAAAGCUUCAGUUUUUAGCACACUGACACCCAAAAGCUCCACCCUCUGCUGUAAUCCUACAGUGCCAUCUGGCUGUCAAACAUACACCAACCACCGGCCUCCCGUUUCUUUGUAAACUACUUAAAAGUAUCCAGAAAGUUCACGAACACAUUCUCUGCAUCAUUAGUGUAUCCUGAUGUAGGUUGUCUAGUUUAUGAAUGGUUGUAAGGUUACAGA